AUGACCUUUCUUUCACAGUCCCCGCAUUUUGUAGCUCAUGACGUCCUGGGAUUGGCGUCGCCUACUAGAGGCCUGCGUAAUGCAGGCAGACACUUUUCGCAAUUUUUUCUUGGGAAGGACUGCGAAAUCUCCACCACUCCUAUUGACGUUUCUGACUCACUCCGCCUCAAUACCCUCAUUCCAUAUUCCAUGAUGCAGGACGUUCCUUGCAUCAACAACUUGCUUCCAGUUGAGAUUAUCGGAGAGAUUUUUCGGCACUACGUGUUCGAUGUAAAUCCCGACCCCAUCACUGGGUAUUCGCGCAUUACUGCUCAUGCGGGAGCGCGGACGAGCGCCAUAACCCUCUGCCAUGUUUGUUCCUACUGGCGCACCCUCGCAUUCUCCAUCUCCAGCCUCUGGUCUUCACUCUGCGUGAUCUGGCCUAAGAUGGGCUAUGUCCAUCUCGUGCGGCUCUGGCUGGAAAAAUCGAAGUCGCGUCCUCUCUCCCUUGAUCUUGCUCAGUACCAUUCUUCGGAGGAACACGAUAUCGUUGCCAUGAGGCAAAUUCUCGACCUUUGCAUUGCUACUGCUCCGAGGUGGCGGGAGAUAUCUCUCAGUUUAACUCACGCUUUGCAAGAUAUGUUUUGUGGUUUGGAAGAAGGUUCUAUAGGAAUGCUGGAGUCUUUUGACGUCCGCCUUUUCAAAUGGAGCCAAUGCCGAAAAAGCCAAUUACUCAAUGCGUUUUACUCCUCUCCACUUCUCCGGCGAACCGAGUGGCGCUUAUUUGAGCGCGCUCUUCCUGGAAACCCACCUUGGAAGCAGCUUUCGGCAGUGACGCUGAAUUGCCAAUCGGACUCCGAAGAAUUUUUCACAAUUCUUUCACAAUGUGAACGGUUGGAAUCCCUCGACGUUGAUGUUCGAUUCAUUAUGUCGCAAUCACCCACUGCAUAUUCCACCUUCUCACUCCCCAAUCUCUUUGAUUUGAGAUUGGGUAUGAUGUCCACAAAAGAUUUUGAAUCAUUAUUCGACCAUUUAAUUUUGCCUCGAUUGGAAGUCAUCGAGAUGCGACAUGGUUUUGAGGAUUCCUCUCCUCAAGGAUGGAUAUCUCUUCGCAAUCUUCUUUCUCGAUCUUUCUGUCAGUUGUCUAGCUUCAUCUAUGGCGGUUACAAUUUGGACGAAGCUGAAUUUAUCAGGGUUUUGACUUCUUUCAACCUAUCAUCCCUGGUCGACCUCUCACUCUCCGUACCUAUCACGGAUAACAUAAUCGAUGCCCUAACAAACGAACAGAUACGCCAUGGAUCUCCGCCGCUGCCGCUGCUGAGACACCUGGUAUUCAGUAAUUGUCGGACGUCAGAUGGCGUCUUCUCGACUUUUAUCGGCUCCAGGUUGCUAACAGUCGAAUCUGUCGAGGUGCACCUGCGCGGUGUUUCGGCGUACUCAGAUGAUUUGAACGCGAUGGAAAACUUGCAACAGGAAAAUCUUGCCAUCAGCAUUGUCCUGUAUGGUGAAAUAUUCCGCAGCACAGUCGUUGCGUAG